AGAAAAAUCAAAAAUAUAAAUAAAAAGCUGCACUUUAAAGCCCAACAGACACUAAAGCUUCUUCCUUUCUCUGCAUACCUCAGUUUCUUCUUUGUCUCUGUUUUUCUUGCCUGGGCAAGCAAAGAUCCAUUAAUACGUGAGUCCAAGGUUCAAAUUAUAUAGUGAGAAAACGAGUGGAGAGAGAGCCAUUGAAGAGUUCACGGGCAGAUACAAUAAGCAAAGCUAUAACAAGCAAUAUCAAAUUGAAGGAUAGAAAAAGUGAGAUGGCUGAACCAGCUUGUCUUAGGAGAUCAUUUUCUCAUCCAUCUAAUGCUUCCCGUGAAGCCAAAGAGGGGGACCCGCUUCGAGCCCUAACAGAAUCAAUCUCAUUUGGUAGAUUUAUGUCAGAAUCUUUAGCAUGGGAAAAAUGGUCAAUCUUCUCUCACAACCGCUACUUAGAAGAAGUUGAGCAGUUUUCCAAGCCAGGUUCUGUUGCUCAAAAGAAAGCUUAUUUUGAAGCUCACUAUAAGAAGAGGGCUGCCAUGAAAGCAGCAGCCUUGCUUGAGCAAGCAAAUGCUGCAGUAACUAAUGCCCCUCAAGUAGAAAUUGCUGCUAAUAGUAUUCCUGAAGUUGGAACUUCAGAAGAAAAUCACUGUGACAGUCCUGUGGAUUCUGUGUUGGCUGAGGCAACUAGUGAUGCUGUAAUCAAUACACAACAUGAAAAAGACGUCCUUGACCCGCCUCAUUCUGCUGAUGCAAAUGCGUUUUGUCCUGGUGGUGAAAAGGAAAAUUUACAAAACGAAAUGGUGGAAAGAGCUGAAGAGGUAAUAGAAGAGAAGGCUGAGGUGGAGAACACUAUUCAGGUGGAAAAUUCAAAGCAGCUUGAUAAUUCUGAGGAUCAUGACAAGAUUGAGGCCACACCAGAAAAGAAAAUCCCCAAUAAGGAACCCGCAGAGAAGUUGAAUUUGGCCUUACCAAAUAAUAAAAGACAAAUAAAUUCAUUAUCAAAAUCAAGUCAGAGCAGAGCGUCCAAAAUCCCAAAGUCAUCUAGCAAACAGGCGAGCUCCACACGAAUGCAAGGUGGAACAAAUGUCAAUGCCAAUGGCUAUGAGUCUGUGGGAGACUUGAUUGAUAAAAGGAGAUCAACUCCAAAAUCUGUCCACAUGUCGAUCAAUUUGGCUCCUCGCUUUGGAGAAACCAACAAAAGCUCUGUCAGAAUGUUGAAAGAGAGUUCAACUACUACACAAAAUCCAACAAGGGCAUCUGUUUAUGGGAUAUCAAAGCUCUUUCCCUCAGUGAAUCGCCAGUCAGAUGAUCGAAGAAGUCGUUCCCUAUUCAACAAGUCAGUUUCUGGAGGGAAGAUAGCAGGCGGGAUAUUGCAGGCCCUCUCUGGGGACCGCUUAAAAUCUUCAUCUGCAAGUGGUGGAAGCAAAGCACGAUCUCCAAUUAUUUCCUCUCCUUUUAGCUUUAGGAGUGAAGAAAGAGCUGCAAAACGUAAAGAAUUCUUUCAGAAGCUUGAAGAGAAAAACAAUGCAAAGGAGAUGGAGAAAACACAAUCACAAGUAAAAUCAAAGAUCCCACCAGCACGACCUCAAUCUCCAAAACUCGGAAGGAAGCCAUGUUCCAACGUGGUCCAGAAAACAAACAUUCAGCUUCAUCGGAGGCCUUCAGUCAAUGGUGAAAGCUCCAAGCAUAUCAUACCGAAAGGUAAUCAAAGCACUACUCGUUCAGUAACUAUGCUACGAAAGAAGAAAGAGCAUGAAAAUGUUUCUCCAAAUAUCCAGUGCUGAGUAUGCACAGAGAGCACACUCAAGGAAGCAUCCAUAGAGGUGAUUAUGCAGAUUCCAUUUUGUAAUUAGAUACUACAGAGAAGAAAAAUAAUCCUGUGAUGGCAGUGAGAUUCAGCUUAGGGUAAUAUUAGUGGAGAGAUAUCGGUUUCUUCUUUGCUUUGAUAUUCUUUGUGUAUGUAAUUGGAAAGGAAAACAAUUUUGGUUAGAUGAUAGAAUGCAUUACUUUUGUAUCCAAGGUUGGCAUUAUUGUUACAUGAUUGCAUGUAAAAAGUUAAAGUGCUUUUUAUGAAA